UAUUUCUUCAGAGGAGGUCCUUCAUGGGAGGUGAGUAUAAUUAAUAUCAUUCUUCUUCUUCUUAUUCUUCUUAUUAAUGUGGUUGUCCCUGUCUUCCUUGUUAUUCAGGUAUCUGUGUUUGUGUUUCUCUUUUCCACGACAGGAGCAGAGGCCUCCUUCUCUCCUUCCCUGGGGCCUUAGGUAGAGACUAGGGCAGGGGAACUCUCUCUCUCUCCUGAGCCUCCUCCUCCUCCUUCUCUUCUUUCCCUUAUCUCAGCCCUGCCUCGGAGGCGCUCCUUUUCCUCCAAGAGCCAGGUCUGGAGGCGCAGCUCUUCAAAGCCUGGCUCGGCCUGAAUGAAAGCGGGCCUCCUCGGCUCCUCCAGGAAGUGGCCUCCCUGGGCGUCUCUGUGGCCGGGGACCGUGGCUCUGCUCUGGGCUCCUCUGCGCCUGCCUCAGGCCUGGUUAUGGGAUGGAGACUGCUUUGGUCGCCUUGAAGAAUGAUCUAUGCAGAUAUGCCACUCAAGGACGGAAGAUAUCAUCAAGGAGGAAGUUUAAAUUUUGUUUUACUGAAACCUUGGAACAAAUAUCUGAAGCACUUAAAUUAUUGACAUCUGAAAUUGUUUCCUAAGUAAAUGGCUAAGCUUCCACCUGGGAUUCGUUUGAUCACUUCAUUUACAAGAGACCAAUGGUACAGAUCUUUUACAUUUGUCCUGACUUUUAUGCUCUAUGUUAGUUUCCACUUAUCAAGAAAACCAAUCAGCAUAGUUAAGGGAGAACUGCAUAAGCACUGUAUUAUUCCACAAGCUAUUGGUGCUGAAUAUGCCCUCCGUAUACGUCCUUUUAAAAAGUUACCUAAUGAGUCUCGCUGUGGUUGGGAACCAUUUGAUAAGAGCAACUACCAGCAGUUGUUGGGAGCCCUGGAUUAUUCAUUCCUCUGUGCUUAUGCAGUUGGAAUGUAUUUGAGUGGCAUUAUAGGAGAGCGAUUGCCUAUCCGAUAUUAUCUCACAGGAGGAAUGUUUGCCAGUGGAUUCUUCACUGCAAUGUUUGGAUUUGGAUAUUUCUAUAAUAUACAUAAUCUGUGGUUCUACAUCAUCACUCAGAUUGCUAAUGGAUUUGUGCAAACAACUGGCUGGCCCAGUGUGGUAACCUGCAUUGGCAACUGGUUUGGGAAAGGAAGGAGAGGAUUGAUAAUGGGAUUAUGGAACUCCCAUACUUCAGUAGGAAAUAUUUUAGGAUCUUUAAUAGCUGGUUACUGGGUGUCUACCUGCUGGGGUCUGUCUUUUGUGGUGCCUGGCAUUAUAAUAUCUCUAAUGGGGAUAGUCUGCUUCUUGUUUCUAAUUGAACAUCCUAAGGAUGCAAACUGCACAAGUACACCAUCAUCCAAUGAUGGUCAGUCUUGGUAUGCAGAGUGGCAAUCAGCUCCAUCUUGUGGCAAAAGUCUGGGAGUAUCAGAUCCUACAUAUUGCGUAUUGAACUUUCUGGAUCAAGAGAUGCACUGUCUGUUAGCUGAAAAUGGGAACUGUAUAAAACCACUACUUCACAACAAUGGAGUAUGUGAAGGCCUUGAAAAAAGAAAAUCUGCUAUAAGCUUUACUGGAGCUUUGCGGAUACCUGGAGUUGUGGAAUUCUCUCUUUGCCUGUUAUUUGCCAAACUAGUCAGCUACACUUUUCUUUUCUGGCUUCCGUUAUACAUCACAAAUGUAGAACAUCUUGAUGCCAAGAAAGCAGGUGACCUUUCCACACUAUUUGAUGUUGGAGGAAUCUUUGGUGGAAUUUUGGCAGGUGUAAUAUCAGACCGACUGAGAAAAAGGGCUACAACUUGUGGCAUGAUGCUAUUGAUUGCUGCACCCACCUUGUAUGUGUUCACUGCAAUUAGUAGAAUGGGCUCUGAAGCCACCAUAGUGAUGUUACUCAUCUGUGGAGCUCUUGUAAAUGGUCCUUAUACAUUGAUCACAACAGCUGUCUCGGCUGACUUGGGUACACAUAAAAGUCUUAAGGGAAAUGCAAGAGCACUCUCCACUGUUACAGCCAUCAUUGAUGGAACAGGUUCUGUAGGUGCUGCUCUGGGACCAUUGUUAGCAGGCCUCCUUUCCCCUUCUGGUUGGAACAAUGUAUUUUAUAUGCUGAUGAUAGCAGAUGCCUGUGCCUUAUUAUUUUUACUCCGCCUCAUACGAAAAGAACUUGAUUGUAGUUUGGAUCAGACUCUGUUUAAAGAGCACUGAAUAUCUGGCAAGGAAGAAUUGUGUGAUAUAUUUACAAUACUUGUUUUAAAGUUUAACUAUGAUCCAGAAAGCCUAUUUAUUCUCCUCCACCUCAUAAAGAAAUGACUUUGUUAACAAGGACAUUGAUGGUGGUGGGGAGAGGAAUCCCUGUUGCACAUGUUUAUCUGAAUCCUAAGUCUUGUGGAAAUAGCUGUUCUGCAUUUUGUUACAUUUUUUGAAAUUAUUUGCACAAUUGAUGAAAGUAGUAAGAAAGUCAUCUGUUCGUUCGCUCUCUUUAUUUUGCACAUACAUUAAUAUCUCAGGAAGCUGUCUUCAAAGAAGGGAGAUAGUACAGCACAACUUGAACCAAAGAAAACGUGCCUUGAUAUUCAUUUGUCUUAAGUAAAUGUUAUACUACAUGGUUGGUUUUAUUUUUUUAAUACACUGCAAACAGAUCUGAGGCAAGAACUUCAAGUGCUUCAAAUUAACUUCAAGUGCUUUUUUACAAUGUGCUAAAAAGGAUUAGCAAAAUUUUGAGCAAAGUGUCCUUCAUGUCAUGUCUGAUCUCGCUAGAAGUUACUGUUGUUGAACGUGUGCUAAUUGUUCAUCUGCAAAAAACACACAAACCAGGUUCUCCUUAUUAACCAGUGCUAACAACUAACUUUUCACACUCUAUAGUUGCAAAGACAAUAUUAUGAAUGUUGGAACCAAUGCUGCCAAAUAUAUAUGGAGGUCAUGCUUGGAUAGCCCACUUCCCUGUUUCAAAGUCUUUUUGGCUGUAGUGAAUAAGCAUCUGAAGAACAGCAUCCUUGCCCAUUAUUGUCUAUAAUACAGCCGUAACAUCUGUAAGCUUACUAGGUUUCUGCUACUGAUCAGGUGAUGCUGAUUGUAUAGAUGACAUAAAACAUGACAUAACUGGACUGACAAUUGAGUCUUCUGUCAUGUAUUUUCUAGUAUGGCUAUUUUUAAUUAUUUUGAGGCCAGUAUAAGUAAAUGCACAAGCAGUGCAUCAACUUCAAUAACACCUGAAAACAGCCAAAUAAAAUUGUUACUAUCCCACAAAUACCUUUUGGAGAAUAAUAUUAGCUCUGAUCAUCUACUACAGAUUGUUCAUAAUAACUACAAGCUGAACUUGCCUAUUGUUUAUUUAAUUUUUUCCCCAACAGCAAAGUGAACAGUGAAGCUCCUGCUUUUGUUGUGUUCGGAGCAUUCAUCAGAAUCCCCCAUAAUUCUGUAUUGUGAUUAUUUUCUCUGGAGGCUUAGCAAUACCUGUGACUGGUUUUUGAUCCUUGUGCAUAUAUAUAGCUAAUUAGAGUACCCUUAUCACAAACUGUGUUUUGCUGGAGAAUAAUAGUAUUCAUUCAGUAGCUGGAAAUGGAUAUACUACUGAGCAUUUUCACUGAUAACAUAUGGGCUAUUCAUAGCUGUACUGAAGUAUUUUCCACAUGGUUACAGCCUUAAUCUGUAUUCGAGUUACAUGUAAGGGGGGGAAAUGAAUAUUUUACCAAAGGCAGAGAGAAAUUAUCCCAUGAAAACAUAAGUGUUAACCAUUUGUGCACAUUGUUCCUGAUUCUUCUGUAUAAUGUCAUGUCAAUAGGAAACUUGCUUCUGGUCUAAAAAGAUGUAAUUAACACAGAACUCUUUUUUAAAAAGAAAAGAAAGAUAUAUAUGUGGUAGGACUUUCAUAGUUUUCACUAUGUGUUUUCCUAAUAUGUAUUUAUUAAAGUUAAGUAAUU